AUGAGCAAGUCGCAUCGCAAGGGCGCAGCUUCGUCAGAGGUGACGCCGCCAACCGGUGAAAAAGAGGAGUUAACUGCAGCUACGGUGCCAGCGGCUGUAGAUGGUAGUGCUGAGGGAGCAGGCACGAGACUGGAGAAGAAGAAGAAGAAGAACAAGUCGGCUAAGGCCAAAGAGGCAGAGAAGCGUGAGGGCGAGUCUGAAGUGGCCGAAACGGUCGAGUCUGUUGGUGAGACUGGAGACGACAAACAGGAUGAAGAGACAGAGGAGGCGAUCAGUGAGGCUGCCAGACUCAGCCAAGCCGAGGGCAGUGUGGAUGAGCGCUACUUUAGCGGUGAGGACUUCGCUUCGCUGCCACUUUCUGAGCCCACACGUAAGGCGCUAGCUGACAUGGGCUUCUCUAAAAUGACCAAAAUCCAGUCCAAGUCGAUUCGUCCGUUGUUGGCUGGUCAGGAUUUACUGGGGGCAGCCAAGACGGGUUCUGGAAAGACGCUGUCUUUCUUGAUUCCGGCGAUUGAGCUAAUGCACAAAGUGCGUUUCACGGCACGCAAAGGAACGGGCUGCAUUGUGAUUUCUCCGACUCGCGAACUGGCGCUGCAGAUAUACGGUGUUGUGCGUGACAUCUGCAAAUACCAUUCACAGACGCACGGGAUUGUGAUGGGAGGCGCUAACCGCCGCGCUGAGGCCGAGCGCUUGGUAAAGGGCGUAAACAUUCUGAUCUCCACGCCUGGUCGUCUGUUAGAUCACCUGCAGAACACGAAGGCCUUUGUGUAUCACAAUCUGCAGAUUCUUGUGAUUGACGAGGCCGAUCGCAUUUUGUCGAUCGGUUUUGAAGAGGAGAUGCGUCAGAUCAUAAAGUGCAUACCUAAGGAGCGUCAGACGAUGUUGUUUAGUGCUACGCAGACAAAGAAGGUGGAGGACCUUGCUCGUCUAUCCAUCAAGGAGAAGCCGGUGUAUGUUGGUGUGGAAGAGGAGGAUACCAAGGCUACGGUAGCAACACUCGAACAGGGAUAUGUCGUUACACCGAGUGAUAAGCGCUUCCUGUUGCUGUUCACGUUUCUCAAGAAGAAUCUGAAGAAGAAAGUGAUGGUGUUCUUUUCGUCGUGCAAUGCAGUCAAGUUCUACGGGGAACUUCUGAAUUAUAUCGACAUUCCUGUGCUGGACAUUCACGGAAAGCAGAAACAAAACAAACGCACGACGACAUUCUUUCAGUUUUGUAACGCAAAGACGGGCAUCUUGCUUUGUACUGACGUGGCGGCGCGAGGUCUCGACAUUCCGGCCGUGGACUGGAUUAUUCAGUUUGACCCGCCUGAUGACCCGCGCGAGUACAUUCACCGCGUCGGUCGUACGGCUCGUGGCGCUAAGGGCAAGGGUAAGGCAUUGCUCAUGCUUUUGCCAGAUGAACUUGGCUUUUUGAAGUACCUCAAGGCUUCAAAGGUGGCACUUAAUGAGUACGAGUUUCCUGUUUCGAAAAUUGCCAAUGUCGAGUCACAACUGAUGAAGCUCGUGGAGAAAACGUACUACCUGCACAAAUCAGCCAAGGAUGCGUACCGUGGCUAUCUGCUGGCGUACGCUUCGCAUUCGUUGAAAAGCAUAUUUGAUGUUGGUCGACUCGAUUUGCAAGGGGUUGCCAAGUCGUUUGGACUCCAGAUUCCGCCCAAGGUGACGCUUCCUGUGAAGACGAAUGGCAAGACUGGAAAGCGCAAGGGCAAAUCGUUCGACAAUGAUGGUAGCGCACGUGGUGGCAAGUUCCAGCGUUCGGGACACUCAUUUAGCGCCGACAACCCGUACGGCAAGCGCGUUGUGGGGGACAAGCGUCAGUUUGUCCACUGA